AUUCUGAUACUGAUUCUUUUGAACAUGCUAAAACUAAUUCUAGCUCUAAUCUUAAUUUUCUCUCUGAUUCGCAUCACGAUUCCUAUUCUGAUUCCCAGAUCAUUCAGCACUAGGGGAUGUCCACGUAGAUCACAGCUCACAAGGGUAGACUUGUGCUUCUAGGAUGAGUCUAUGAAUAAUACGCAUUAUCAAUAGACAUACAUUGAAUUACCAAGACCAAUGUACACUAUAUGGCCAAAAGUUUGUGGACACCUGAUCAUCACACCCAUAUGUGGGCCUUCCUAAAACUGUUGCCACAAAAUAUGAAGCACACAAUUGUCUAGAAUGUCUCUGUGUGUGCUAGCAUUAAGAAUUGCCCUUCACUGAAACUAAGGGGCCCAAACUUGAAACUAGGGGACCCUGACCUCAACCCCACUGAGCACCUUUCGGAUGAACUGGAACACUGACUGUGUGCCAGGCCUCUUUGCCCAACCUCACUAAUGCUCUUGUGGCUAUGCUCCAAAAUCUAGUGGAAACCCUUCCCACAAGAGUGGAGGUUAUUAUAACAGCAAAGGUGGACUAAAUUUAUAAUGGGAUUUUCAAAAAGCACAUAUGGAUGUGAUUAGUCAGGUGUCCACAUACUUUUGGCCAUAUAGUGUGUAUAGUAUACCACCUGUAUAUUCCAUACAACUGAUAAAUAGUAAGUAGUUUCAGAGUAUGAGUCUGAGUCUAGAACUGAUUUAUAUUCUGAUUCCAGCAUGUUGAGUAAACAGUACCGCUCCAUCAGAGCCAGUAUCACACCAUUAACAGUUUUUUUUUUCACAACAGUGGUUACUAAUCUCAAGAAGCCAUCUAUGACAACGACGCAGUACUGAACUUCUCUUUCCAUAAAGUGUUGGAUGUGGUCUUUGUAUUUGUAUUUGUAUUGUAUUUAUUGUGUUUAUUGUACUGCAUUUAAUGUCUGCACUUUUAUAAGUCUGUUUGCUGCACAUUAUAUGUCAUUGCACUGAUCUUCCAUGUUACUUUAUUCCUGUGUAUAAAGUGAUUCUGAAUCUGAUUCUGACUCUGAUUCUGAUCCAGCAGGCACUCUUCAGUGUUUUCUGCAGACAGAGCUGUCCACUCUGGUUGGGAUUUCAGCACCGGGAGCUGUCCAUUAGCUAACCCUAACUCCACACAUACACUUUAUAAAGGGGACGUUUGCUUCCAGGAGUGCUUUGGAUAAAAAGCAAAGUAUCAGUAAAAAAUAAACUUCAACUAACCUAUAGAUAGUUUAACAUAUUAUAAUGUCAUCUGUUUCUUUAAAAUAAAAUCUAGCUAAAAGGUCUGAGUAGGACAAUAUGUAAUCAGAGGAGACACUGUUUGUAUAUAGUAUGCUCUAAUAUAUGAUAUAAUAUCAACACUAUGGUGAUGAAUUAAGAAAAAACCUGUUUGGAAUAAAUUCAGGCAUAUUCUCUACCCCGCCUCCCCCCUCUCUCUCUCUCUCUCUCUCUCUCUCUCUCUCACACACACACACACACACACAUUCUGUGGUCUAAAAAAUCUCUACUGUCCUGACUGAAUACAGCAGAAAGAGAGAGAGAGAGAGAGAGAGAGACAGAGAGACAGAGAAACUGAUAGACGUUUCAACCUGCCCUCAAUUCCCUCACAGGUUGGCUGGUGGAGAAGAGAAGAGAAAAUGAUUUUUGAGGAAGAUCACUGUCACUGAACACAAUAUAAGGGACAUUUCAGCCAAAACCCAGGAACGCAGGAGGAGAGCUUCAGAAACCGCUACCCCGCCCUCACUCAGCUAAUCUCAGAUGGAGGUGGAUGCAGCUGAGAAGCGCCAUCGAACACGUUCCAAAGGUGUGAGAGUUGCCGUGGAGACUGCAGCACAGGAGCUGUUCAGCUGUCCCACACCAGGUUGUGACGGUAGUGGACACGUGAGGGGCAAAUACGCCAGGCACAGGAGUGUUUAUGGAUGCCCUUUGGCUAAGAAGAGGAAAGGCCAGGAGAAACCUCUGCAGGAGCCAGCUACCAAACGGCGGCCGUUUUUAACCAUGGCUGACGGAGAACCGGUGAUAUACGACAACUACGAAGCUAUGGAAGAGAGCGAGGAGAGAGAACAGGAAGAGUUAGAUGACGAUGUGGAAGAAGAGGAGGAGGAAGGAGAAGAGGGAGACGACGAAGAAGAGGAGGGCUCUGAAGACAAUGAUGAGGCUGGUGAGGAGGAAGAUGAGGAAGAUGAAGAGGAGGAAGAUGAAGGAGAAGCUGAAAGGGAGGAGGGAGACGAGGUAGAGCAGAUGGAGGAAGAGGUGGAGGAAGAUGAGGAGGUGGUGGAACAGGAUGGAGAUGAUGAACAAGAGGAGGAGGGAGAACAGGAAGAGGAAGAUGAAGAUGAGCAUGAGGAAGAGGAGGAAUAUGAAGAGCAGGCUCAUCACCAUGAGAAUACUUAUUCCAGUUGUGGACAAUCAAAGCCCAGCCAGAUGUUUGAGAAAGACAACAACAACAAUAACCACACAACCAAUGAAGAAUAUGAGAACUAUGAUGAGCUUGUAGCCAAGUCCCUGCUGAACCUGGGCAAAAUAGCGGAGGACGCCGCAUACCAGGCUAUGACAGAGUCCGAGAUGAACAGCAGCUCGUCCAACAGUGCCGGUGAGGAUGACGACGAGGAUGAGGAGGAUGGUCCUGAGCACAGAGGACGGAAGGGCGAGUUAAGUGUGGACCUGGACAGUGACGUGGUACGGGAGACAGUGGACUCACUGAAGCUGCUGGCACAGGGUCACGGAGCUGUGCUGCCAGAUGAUGGCUACCCUGAGUCUGCUCCUGGCCAGGAACACCUCAAUGGCCAGCCUGAAGAGAGCGAGGAGGGCGUGUGCCUUAGCAGUCUGGAAUGUCUGAGGAACCAGUGCUUCGAUCUGGCACGCAAGCUAAGUGAAACACAGCCACUCGAGCAGACAAUGUUGCAGAACCAGGCUGAGCAGCAGCACCUACAGGCCCAGAUGCACCACCACCACCUGCCUCGCUAUGAGAGUUGCCAGCAGGCCCCGAUGGAGCCUCAGAGACCAAUGGAGAGGAGCUACUCAGACAUGGUGAACCUGAUGAAGCUUGAAGAGCAGCUCAGCCCAGCGUCCAGGGGUUACCCCGCCAGCUGCGCCCAAGAAGGGGAUGAAGACACAACAUCUGUGGCAUCAGAGCAUUCAGACGAGGCCUUCGACAUCACCAAGGGCAACCUGUCACUGCUGGAGAAGGCCAUAGCUUUGGAGUCAGAGCGUGCCAAGGUCAUGCGUGAUAGGAUGGCGUCGGAGCAGGCAGUGGCUCGGAGGGACCAUCAGCGGCUACAUGGGGAGCACAGCCCCAGGCAGAGUAGUGGAGCUGAGGAGCGUAAAGCCCGACUACACCAUGAUGGGGCAAGAAGAGCCUAUUACCCUAAAGAUCCUUCAAGAGGUGAGAAAAAAGAGAGUAAGUGCCCCACCCCAGGAUGUGACGGCACAGGCCACGUCACAGGCCUGUAUCCACACCACAGAAGUCUGUCCGGCUGCCCUCACAAAGACCGCGUACCACCAGAAAUUCUUGCAAUGCAUGAGAAUGUUCUAAAGUGCCCGACGCCUGGCUGCUCGGGACGCGGCCACGUUAAUAGCAACAGGAACUCGCACCGCAGUCUCUCAGGAUGUCCUAUAGCAGCCGCUGAGAAGAUUGCUAAGGUUCAGGAGAAGCACCAAUCAAGUGACGGAACCAAGUCCAAUCAGGCAUCUGACCGCGUGCUGAGGCCUAUGUGCUUUGUGAAACAGUUGGAGAUCCCACAGUACGGUUACAAAAAUAACGUCUCCACCAGCACGCCCCGCUCCAAUCUAGCCAAGGAGUUGGAGAAGUACUCCAAGACCAGCUUCGACUACGGAGGCGGCUACGACGGCCAGCCUCACGCCUACAGCAAGCGCUCGCUCGCACAGAAGAACCACGGACGAGACACUUCACCAAGAGGAUACGAUGACUCAUUUGCUCUCAGCAUUCAUCAUGGAACAUCAGACCAUCCAAUAAGCGAGUCUUCCAAGCGAUACUGUAAGACCUCGAGUCCGGCCAGCAGUACAACGAGCAGCUACGCUCCCAGCAGCAGCGGCAGUAGCCUGAGCUGUGGAGGAGGAAGAGGAGGGAGAGGAGGAGGAGGAGGAGGAGGAGGAAGCAGCGCCAGCAGCACCUGCAGCAAGAGCAGUUUCGACUACACGCACGACAUGGAGGCCGCUCACAUGGCCGCCACAGCCAUCCUCAACCUGUCCACGCGCUGCCGAGAGAUGCCUCAGAGCCUGAGCGCCAAAGGCCCCGAGCUCCUCGCACAGAGUCCAGAUGAGCAGGAGGUGGAGGAGAGCGGGACUCUGGACCUGAGCGUGGGUCAUGCAGGGGGCAUGGGCGAGGGCACGGUGCUCACGCCGCUGCAGCCCAUGUCCCCCCAACGGCAAGCACUGCUCAACAGCCGCUGCUACCAGAUGAGCACAGACUGCUGGGACCUGCCAGUAGACUACACCAAGAUUAAGAGUCUGGACGAGGACCAUAAAGAGGAUGAGCUGGACCCUUUCCAGGAGUUGCUGGAGAAUCAGCAGUACCCGAGUGAGGUGUCCCUCCCCAGCCCCAAACAUAAAUAUGCCCCCUGCAAAGAAAGCAAGAAAGAACUCCUCACACUCUCUAGCUGCCAGUUAGCUGAUAAAGGCAUGCGCAGUAUGAUGACAACAAACUCACAGGAUUUAAAGUGUCCUACUCCUGGUUGUGAUGGCUCCGGGCACAUUACAGGCAACUAUGCCUCACACAGGAGUCUAUCAGGUUGUCCCAGAGCAAAGAAGAGUGGAAUUAAAAUCAUUCAUAACAAGGAGGACAAAGAUGAUCAGGAGCCAAUUAAAUGUCCAGUGCCUGGAUGUGAUGGUCAGGGUCAUGUGACAGGGAAGUACGCAUCUCAUCGCAGUGCAUCUGGCUGCCCACUGGCUGCCAAGCGUCAGAAGGACGGUUUCGUGAAUGGAGCUCCAUUUCCAUGGAAAUCUGGAAAAACUGAUGGCAUGACAUGCCCCACACCUGGGUGUGACGGCUCGGGCCAUGUUAGUGGCAGCUUUCUCACCCACCGGAGUCUCUCUGGCUGUCCCCGUGCCACUUCAGCCAUGAAGAAAGCACGAAUGACUGGAGUUGAAAUGCUUACAAUCAAGCAGCGUGCAAGCAAAGGAAUAGAGAACGAUGAGGAAAUCAAACAGCUGGAUGAAGAAAUCAAAGAUCUUAAUGAAUCGAACAAUCAAGUGGAGUCUGACAUGAUUAAACUUAGGACACAAAUCACCACCAUGGAGACCAACCUGAAGUCCAUGGAGGAAGAGAACAAGGCCAUUGAGCAGCAGAAUGACUCACUGCUGCAUGAGCUGGCUAACCUCAGCCAGUCGCUCAUCAACAGCCUGGCCAACAUCCAGCUCCCUCAUAUGAAACCGGUGCCACUGAAAGAGGCCCCUGUUAAAAAUUACUGCUGUUUACAGAUGCCCCACAGAGAGCCGAUGAACGAGCAAAAUUUUGACAGUUACGUGAGCACUUUGACAGAUAUGUAUACGCAUCAGGACCAGUACCAGAGCCCUGAGAACAAAGCCCUGCUGGAGAACAUCAAACAAGCUGUGCAGGGCAUCCAAGUGUAGCUCCCUGAGCCACUGCCUCGUUUUUUAAGGGUUUGCUUUAUGCAAGCAUUGAUAAGCAAAAAGAAGGAAAAUGAAACAAGGAAAAAAAAAACCAUGUAAAAAGUAUGGAUAAUGAUUAUGAUUUUUGCUGCUGUAAUUAAUUGUAUUAUCUUUCAUUAUUUAUUAUUCUGUUAUGCUUUUGAGGGGAAAAAAUACAUUAAUUAUUUGUUGCCUUGCUUUAACAAUGAUUACCAAUGGCAAAUGUUUUGAGGAACAUUCAUGUUUUGUACAUUUUUCAUAUGACCUGACAUAAUGUGAUGUACUGUUUAUAGCUGCUAAUGUAUGCACAUUUUAGUGUAUAUGUAUUUAUUAAUUGUAAACAAAAAACAUUCAUUGUUUUAAAAAGCUUAACGAGAAGAAGGAAAAACAUAGUGUUGAAAAUGUGGUAUGAGGGAAAUGUAAAGGGCAAUCAGCUAACAUAAGCUUUUCCUUUUAAAAAUAAGAGGAAUUCAAUGUGUACAGUGUAGGUUGUUUAAUGUAUGUUAAACCACAAAUUUUUUUAAUAAUAUGAAAGAAUUUCAUAGCGGUUUGUCAUUGUGUUCAGAAAGCAGUUUGCAGCAGUCAGUGUGGGCACUCUAUUGAAGUACAUGUGUUGGUCUUUGAGCUUUUAUUUGUUUCAUUUUCAAAACUUAAAAUGGAUAAAAAAUGGAUAGACAAAAAAAUGUACAUUUUUGUGAAACAUCAUGACACGGAAACCCACUGGUGCAAAUCCCAAGAUUGUGAGAGAAAUAUUUCAUAACUUCAACCAUCCGUAUUGUAUAUUCUCCAAAUGUGAUUCCCAUUUGGUUAAUUCCAAUCACUAUGGAAAAUAUUAAGGAGACAAUCCAGCAUAAAUUAUGAAUUUAUGAUCGUAAAAACAUUAGUGGGUAGUAAAAUAGCAUAUCAGCAAUAUAUGACAAUGAAUCAAUCAUUUAUUUAGAUAUGGGAUGCAAAUGUUCGGGUAUAUGCAAUUUCUUAUUGUAAACAUCACAGAAAACUGAUUAAUCUUUUUACUAAAUGUAAAGUAUUGAGUUUUAUAUAAAUCUUUUACUACAAUCAUGUUUUAGGAUUUAAACAUGAGUGAUCGAAUCCAAAUGGAUGAAUGCAUAUACAUUAUAAUUUUACAUUUCUCAUGUUAUGUUUUGCACAGGGACACCUUUGUUUCCAUGUUUUGAUGUUAUAUAUAUAUAUAUAUAUAUAUAUAUAUAUAUAUAUAUAUAUAUAUAUAUAUAUACACGCACACAUAUACACACACACACACACACAAAUGGGGAGGUGCCCAGAAGCUUGAAUAGUGCAGAAAAUAUUUUGCAGAGAUUUCCUUUGUUUGUGAAUGUUAGAAUAAGUAUGUGCUGGACUUACAGGGUUAAUGUCACUGUCCAAUCCAUCACUAUGUCAAUCUAAUGCAUUAUCAUAUGAAAAAAAAAAAACUGUAUAUCAGCAUCAGAUGCAAAGCACGUGACAUGUUUCUCUGUCAGUGUUGCAGACCUAAGCAUUAUGGGUAUGUCAUUUCAGAGUACCAUGUAUCAAGGGCAGUAUUUAUUACAUUUUGUGGAAAUCUGUAUUUUAUUAUCACAUUCUUGAUUUUUGGGUUUUGUCUAUGGUGAAUCCGAAGCACUUUAAAGUCUGAGAAUCAUGGAAACCUAAGUAAGGUUUUACAGAAGCUUUUUAAUAAUUUGGACAAUGGCUUGUUGUACAGGCCGAAAAUCCUCUGGCCGUACAAUUAACCGUUGAAGGAUGACUAUAAGAGCAAUCGGUUCCAGAGUGAGCAGUAAUGUUUACUGGCAUUACCAGUUGAAAUGACUUCAUGAUGUAUAAGGAAAUAUAUGUGCACUCAAGAGUUGUAGACAGAAAUGCACUUGACCUCAACAUAUUAAACUCCCCAAGCAUGUCCCCCUUUUUUUUUAAAUAUUGACAACACAUGCUGGCAUUAAGCAGUAUCGUAUUAAUGCUUCAGUUUAGUGAUUUAAGAGUCGGUUGUGUAUACUAAGCAUGAUCUUCAUAAAAUACAUCAGGUUACCAUGCUGUCACCACUGUUCUUAGCUAUUUUCUUUAUUCAUUUUAGGCUAGUGCAGCAUUUUUUAAGAAUUCAUGCCAAGGUGCUAAUCAUUCUCAUGUACCAUGCAAUCAAACAGAGUAACAGAUCAGCUCCUUUCUCUUCUCUCCAAAGCUUUGUGUAUGCAGCUGCCAAUGUAGUAAUGCUUCUAAUAGACUGAUAGCAAAAUUUCCUUUCAUAACCUCUCAUUACUAAUUCAGCAGGAAAAAGGACAAUAAGCACAAUUUUGCUGCUCACCUUUUGUUCUAACAUAUUGUAGUAUCUAAUUAAAAAUGUUACCUGUAUCUAUUUAAAUAGAAAACACUAAGUACAGUAUCACAUGCCUGAAUGCAGAAUACUUUUCUUAUUAUUAAUUGUGAAUUCAUCAGGUUACAAGUUUCCAUUUGAAGAGGACUUCAAUGAAUCAUUUUAAAACAGGAUUUUAUAUUCGAAAAAAAAACAUGGCUUUUUCUUAUCUUGCUCUCUAACUCUAGCUCUUUUUUUUUUUAUUACAUGGCAUGAUUUUGGUUGAUAUGAUACUUUUGGUUGAUAUGAUACUGUAAAUGUUUAAGAUCACAAGUUGCAGUGAUAUUUCAUUCUGAAAUUGUGAACUUUGUACAAUUUUUAUUAUGCUGGUGUUGACAUCUCUUAAUCAAUAAAACUUGUGUUGCCACAUGGCAUAUCUCCUUGUCUUAGUGUUAAAAUAUAAGUAAAAUACAAGUCGAACACAAUACCAACAGGGUCAACGGGGAUGCCUCUGCCACCUAGAAGUCUAGUCCUUCUUGUUAUUAAUUCGUAUGCCGGAAAUAAUUUUAAAAUAUACUUCAAACAUAAAGAAAGCUAUUAAACAAAAACUAUUUCGGACAUUUGAUCUUGCUGUGACCUUGACACUGUUUGGAUCAAUUCCUAAUCAUGCUAAUCAGUUCAUCUGCUGGUUACAAUGAUAACUCCAUAUAAAUACUAAAACAUUCAACCACUUAUUCUUGAGAUAUUGUGCUAACGAUAAUCUCGGACAGACUGACGGACAGAUGGAUGGCGGACGGACUGAUGGCAAAAAUCAUAGUGAGCCAAAAAAAUAGGCCCUAACUUCCUGAACAUGAGCGUGUAAGUAACAUCUCUGUAUGACAAACAGGUAGGAUGUUAUUGUAGAAAAACUAUUUCAGACAUUUGAACUUGCUGU